GGGGGGUUAGAGGCUGCUGGGGGAGGGGCACUACAAGGCGGGGCUGGACCUCAGGGCUGUGGGACAGGUCUGUGUCCGCCCCCCCUCUCCCCCCCAGCUGGUUCUACGAUCCUUUUAACCUCGUGUUUUCCGCUCCCCUUGUUAUUUAUUUCCCUGGCCUGGGGGGCUGGAGCUGCCCCGUCUCCCUGGAGCAGAGGUGUUGGGGGGCAGAGAUGGGUCACGCCCCAGGGAACAGCACCAGACAGUCAGAGGUGGAGGAAGGAACAGGUAGUUCCCCCCCCAGGAUACUUUUCAAGUGGGUGAGGGGUUCCGAACAGCCCACAAUGCACCUGUUCUCUCCCCCCCCCCCCCCCGACACAGUGGCCUCCCCUCCUGGAUCCCACUGCUCACACCAGCACCGGCUCAGACUGCAGCCCAUCUGCAGGGGAGCAGGGCCACCUGCCCCCCACCUCCACGGGGGCCACAAUGGUGCCUGGAUCUGCAGCUGUGUCUUCCCCCCCCCCCCCCCCCCCGCCGCCUCCUUGUCGUAGGUCUAGGAGGAGGAGCUGGGCCCCAGCCCAACCCCCACUCUGAUGGUGGUUUCUCCUCCCUUUGCCCCUGUGAGGGGGUCAACCCUUUGUCCCCCCCUUCCCCACAAUCGGAGGGAUGCUCAGUCCUGGGGGGCGGGGGUAUCUGCUUACAGAGGGGCAGCUCCCUCCCUCUUGGCAGGGGCCUCAGGUCCCUCAGCCUCCCCAAAACCCACCCUGUAGCAGAUCUGGUGUGGGGGGUGGGAGGGUGGUAUGGUACGGGGGGGGGGGUCCUCUUUCCCUCUGCACCCCAAGGGAUUCGGGGCCCUUCAGGAGUGGAGGAAGGUUUAUGCAGACCUAGGAAGUUCCCUGUCCCCAUAGCGGUUUGGAGCGUUAGGGGCUCAGACUGUAGGGCAUAGGGGGCUAGGGGUCCCCCACCAAUCAGCUGCCCCCCAUCCUCCCUCCACACUGAUCUUCCCAGCCUCUCCAGAGAGGUUCUGCAUUGCACUAGUUUUGGGGGGGAUCCCAGGUGCUUGGGGAGGGGUGAGGCUGGAAGGGGGUGUGGGGUCUGAUCCCCUCCCCUUGCAAAAGAGACUUUAAAACAACCCCUCCCCCGAAUGGCCCCUGGCUGGGGGGAGAUGGGGCCAGAUGCCAGGCUAGAUGGCCCCACGAUGCACCUUUCUCCUUUUCAAAAGCACUGAAUUCCCCCCCACAAGUCAGCAGUAGCCAACAGUGAUGUCCUGGUAGCCAUUCCUCCCCCCCCCCCCCCCCCGGCUACCACUUUAGUGGCAAUAUUUAAAAGCUCUUAAACAGGAACCAAAUCAAGUGGCCUUUUGGGGGUUGCCCCGGGGCCGCCCCGGCCGGCGACCAUCCCCCCUGUGUCGUGGGUCCCCGGCUCGUCUCUUUUGUUAUUCCGGAUGAAAAUAAAAAAACAAUGGUUAAAGCCUGAGCGUGCCGCAGCCUCCUUCCUGGCGGGGGGCUGGGGGUAAGCAGGGCACUGUGUGGGGGCCCAGCACCAGGGGUCACAUCCGAGAGCCCAGGCUCCCAGCCCCCCUGAGCCCCACUCCUCCAGCAGCUGCCUCCCUGUUAUCAGCUGGUGCUGGGUGGGGAUGAGGCGGGAGGAAUCGAUUUUUCUCUUCCCGCCCCCCCCAUCUUAUCUCUGGCUCUGUUGAACCCACGGGAGAUGAAAGUCCAGGCGGGUGCCUGGAGUUGGGAGCAGCAGCCAGGGUGCGUCCCGGAGCCCUGGCCCCGCACCAUGGACAUUCUGGAGACGGACGCCCGCUACCACCGGAACAUCGCGGCUGAUGCCACGAGCCGCCGCCUCAAGCUGCUGCCGUUCCUGGCCUCCUGCGGCCUGUACUUCGCCCUGUGGCUGCCUGAGCCCAGCUGGGUCAGCACGGGCGUCAAGAGCCUCCCGCUUCUGAGCUUGGUCUUCUUCCUGACGGCCCAGGCCUGGGGCGAUGGCGCCUGGACCCCCUCGGCGCGCCGGGUCCGCUGGGGGCUGAUGUUCUCCGGCGUGGGAGACGCCUGCCUGGUCUGGCCGCAGCUAUUCCUCCUAGGCAUGGUGGCCUUCGCUCUGGCUCACAUCUGCUACAUCUGGGCCCUGGGCCUGCGUCCUGCCCGCCCCUGGCUCCUGCUGCUACUGGCACUGGCCUGGGCGGGGGCCUACACGAUGCUGUGGCCCUGCCUGGGGGGCCCCUACGUGCCGGCCGUGGGGGGCUACGGGGCGCUGCUGGCGGCCAUGGGCUGGCGGGCCCUGGCCCAGUCUCCCCCCCGCCUGGCCAUGGCCACCGGCUCCCUGCUCUUCAUGGCCUCUGACCUGGUCCUGGCCAGGGACCACUUCUGCGCCCCGGUGCCCUGGGCCCGGCUCGUCGUCAUGGGCACCUACUACGCGGCCCAGGGGCUGAUCGCAGCCGGGGCCCCCCGCGCCAGCCCCCGCUGGAAGGAGAGCUGAGCCGGGCGCCCGCGACCUCUGACCCCAUCCGCGCCAACCCGCCGGGGGCGUCCGUGACCUCUGACCCCAUCCGUGCCAACCUGCUGGUGACCCCAACGACCUCUGACCCCAUCCGCGCCAACCUGCUGGUGACCCUGGGGCCAACGAGAACCAACCGCCCUGGGAGUUGGUUCCUUGACCUACGACCCGGUGGCCUAGGAGCACCAACCUGCCCAACCAAUAACCUGGAAGUAAUUGCCUUGACCUUUGACCCUGCUCAUUGGCCAGCAGGCCCAAUUACAGCUGAUUUGAUGACAUGUGUUGUCUGAUGUGGGCUGGGUGGGAGGCGGCUGGGACAGCAGAGAGACACGGGCCAGGGGAGCUUCUAUUGGCCCAACUUGUCUCCAGCUGUUGAUGGGGAUGUUGAGUCCUGUGACCUAUGACCUCCCUCUACGGAUCCUAAGACCCAGAGCCAGGAGAGAACCCCGGCGUCCUGACUCCCAGC